AUGGGAUCUGAGCCCCGAAACAUGGUCGCACCAAAACGAUCCGCAAGCCCCCUCGAGAGUGCUGUCCUCAAAAGCACCAAGAAGCCGUCAAGCCGCAACUCUGAUUCUACCGCUGGUGCUAUCGGAGCGCCAGCAGAUGUCCCCGUUAGGAUCAUUGUGUCUCUACGAUCGGAUUCUAAGGCGAAAUGGAAUGACCCCGAGCCCAACACCUAUCUCGACCCUAGCACCAUUCCUGGAAAUGAGGACGCUGAGAUUGAUGCAGAGACCAAGGAGCUAUCCGACAUGAGUGGUCUACCAUUCCCCGAUGACUUUGCCCAUCUAAGGUGGCUUGAACGGAUCGAUGGCCUUGCAUUUGUGAAAGGAAACCGGAUCGGAUAUUGCGACGCCAAGUUGAUUCGACGACUGCAAAUCCACCAUAAGUUUUGGGUGGCGAUGGAAGAGCCAACUCGACAAACCUCGGAACUCGCUUUCGAGCUGUUUGAUCGGUAUGGUCGCCUUUGCAAAGAGUUUCGAGAGCACCCUGUCAACAAAGGCACGGGCGUUUGGGGAAGCGAACUCGAUGGUGAAGAUAUUCUUCUCUGUGAGAAUAUUCGAAUCGAGCCUGGGCAUCAUCGCCAAAAGAUCGGAACCAAGAUUGUCAACGCCGUUCUCAACAAGGCCCGGCGCAAGUCGACAAAGUUCUUUGCUCUGGCCAAGCCAAGAUGCCUCGUGGAAGAGAUUUAUUUCGAGAAUACUGGGCAAAGAGUAGUGGACACUGAGGCUGCUGAACAGUUCUUCCGUUCGAUAGGGUUCAGGCGUGUCGGAACCUCGGGCUGGUUUGCGUUCACGGACGACUCGAGUCAUCCCUCAAAGCGUCUGAAGGCUUCAGACGAUUGGAACCAGCCUCGCUUCGCUCAAGUGCCACAAUCAACAGUGGCGUCUUCUGCCAGGCUCGGGGGACCUGAUAUGGUUGACUCUAAAUGCGUUCGACUGCUGCAAACCGACUUGCGACUUCAGCUCGAAGACAACCCCGGAGUUCUACUUGACGAAACGGAAAACACGAUUCUGCAUCUUUUGGCCUUGCGGACCUGGCCUAAAUCGAUCGCAUAUGCUAUCGACGAGUGGCCUCAGUUAAAGAGUGUCCGAAAUAGAGAGGGACACACACCCCUUGAAGCGCUACAAAGGUUGAUGGAGACGUCAAGAACAACUCGGACUGAAAACGGUAAGACACAUGUGGUAUCUGACGAUUUUCGAGGUUUCAGUUCUGUGCAAGUUGCGUCGCUCGGUGCCUUGGAAGGCGUCACUGUUUGUGACCUUGACAAGGUCCCAAAGGACGUUAUCGCGCGGGUUUUCACUCCACCAAAGCAAGAAUUCCAACGCAUCCCCGGUGCUAGUGAGAUUCAGGGGACGUUGAGAUUGAAGUAUGGAUGUACUUGUGGACAAUGCCUCGGUGGAUUCCUGAGCCCAAGAAUGCAGCAAGCUCUUCGACAACAGAGUGGCUUGCAACUUGGGGCUCUCUGGGAUCAGAUCGACGACGGACCUGCGUGGCUCAAGUGGAACAGAACUGAACUGAGACGAGUUUCAUUCGCAACCCAAGACCUGAUGGAGAACCACAAGAAUCUCAGGGUGGGAUUCGUCACGCUGAGCAAGCACUUCUCAACCUGCAUCGAACAGAAGCGAGUUCCCGAUGAGGCGAACAUACUUGAGGUAUCUCAGGGGAGUGGUGAGUGGCCUCCAGUCACGCAGCUCUAUCUCAGAUGUGGAGGAACAAUUUCUGCAGCAGUAACCAUGAUCUUUCACAAGGUAAAGGAUCGGAGUUCCUGGGCUACAUGCAGCUCAAAUCGCCGGAUGUUCUGGGCGCCUUGGGCACAGCCGGAUCCUAUGCCAGGGAUUGUUGAGUGUCGUAAUGACUUGGAGUUUGGGUUUGUCACCGGGAUGUGCGGAUACGAGGGAAGCAAGGUGUGA